GUCGCACACACAUACGGAGCGAGCAGGAGACUUUUUCCUUCCCUUCCACACAACUGAUUAUCUUAAGCACGCCAUUUCAACCGAUUCAACACCCCACGACUUCAUCACCUCAACAACCUCCCAAAAGCACGAACACUACAACCAUCUCUAGAUUUAAAUACACAAUGACGACCUCGGAUCUCGAACAAGUCUCUGAUGAGACUAGUCCUCUACUCGGAGGACAACAACAACAGCAAAAUGGCACGGCCAAUGGCAAUAUUACUCAUACCCAUGAUUCCAACGAAUCAGGCGUCCAAUCAGCAACAUUACUUGAAGAGACAUCAACCAAGAAACUCUUCGCUAUCAUGGGUGCGAUAUGGAUUGGAGUCUAUUUUGCUGCUCUUGACACAACCAUUGUCGCCACCCUAACCGGCCCUAUAUCAUCAUCAUUUGAUUCUUUUACACUCCUAUCCUGGCUAGCCACCGGCUAUCUAAUCGCCAAUGCGGCAUGUCAACCACUGUCCGGAAAAUUAACCGACAUAUUCUCUCGGCGCACGGGUCUCAUUUUCAGCAAUAUCUUCUUCGGCGUCGGUACUCUGAUCUGCGGCCUCGCACCUAAUGCCGGUACUAUCAUCGCUGGACGCGUCGUGGCCGGAAUCGGUGGCGGCGGUCUCACUUGCAUCGCUACCUUUGUCACUUCAGACCUGGUUCCGCUCCGGAAGAGAGGUCUUUGGCAGGGCUACGGGAAUCUCAUCUACGGUCUGGGGAUGGGAUCCGGUGGGGUUGUUGGAGGAGUUCUGGCUGAUCGACUUUCCUGGCGAUGGGCUUUUCUUCUACAGGUUCCGUUUAUUGUCGUUUCGACGGUUAUGGUGAUCUAUCUGCUGGAUAUCCCUGUGAAUCCGUCGACGAAGCCAACGUUGAGUCGAAUUGAUUUCGUGGGUGCUGGCCUGCUGGUGACGUCGCUGGUUUUGCUUCUGCUUGGUUUGAAUACUGGUGGGAAUCAGUUGCCUUGGGCGCAUCCUUUGAUCAUCACAUCGCUUGUUCUCAGCUUCGUCACCCUCUCGCUGUUUCUCUACGUUGAGUCGACGCCCUGGCUCAUUCCUGAACCCAUCGUCCCGGUCUCGCUGGUUGCUCGCACUCGCACCGUCUGGUCGGCUUGUCUGAUGAACUGGUUCAGCACCAUGGCGGCAUUCCUUGCGCUGUACUACGUGCCGCUGUACUUGGAGAUUCGAGGUCUGAGCAGCACCGCUGCGGGACUGCGAGUGAUUCCAUUUGCUGUGGGCGCUAGUGUUGGAUCUCUCUUCUCUGGAUACCUGAUGCGGGCCACAGGACGGUAUUAUCUACAGUCUGUGGUCACCAUGGCCAUCUUCAUCACCGGGUCCGCUCUCAUCACCAACUUCCAGCUGACAUCGCCCGCGUGGCAGACGUACCUAUACCCUGCGCCGUUGGGAAUGGCGUACGGGUCGAUGCUCACCAUCACGCUGGUGGCCAUGAUCAGCGCCGUGGACCAUGAAUAUCAGGCUGUCAUCACCGCCGCCAGCUACGCCUUCCGCAGCACAGGCUCCACCAUUGGAAUCACUAUUGCCGGCGCCGUGUUCCAAAAUAUCCUGACAGAUGAGCUCAAGGCUCAGUACGGCAGCUGGCCCGGCAGUGACGAGGCCAUCGAUGCCAUUCGCCGCAGUCUCGAUGCCCUCAACCAUCUUCCUCCCGGCUGGGACCGUGACCUGGUCCUCGAAAUCUACAUGCAUGCCCUUCGAGGGGCCUUCUUCGCCGGUCUGGGUCUGGCCAUCUUGGCUUUUGUGGUCGGUUUGGCCAUGAAAGAACAUGUCUUGCACAAGAAUCUCGCCAGAAAGUGACCGCUAGGUCAUGCAAGUCGUGGUCCCGCUCGUGGCCCUGGUCCACGGUCGCUUCAGGUUACAGCCACCAUGCGAGCUGGCCGGCAGAGGUCUAGGCAACAGACACCGACACCGGAUCCAUGGCGGAGAAGUCAGCCGCACCUAUCUUUGGGCUACUGGCUGGUUGUGGUGAGACACUCGUCGCUCAUGCAUGCCAAGCGAAAAUUCCUCCAAGGGCAACCGAGCCUCUGGUCCAUUCUGGGCGUUAUAUGAGAGCCGUGAAGUGAGAGACAAUGAGUCAAUGGGCCCCCAGUGGGACAGAUACAUGACAUGCCCAAUGGACUCGAGGCUGAUCAAACUUGCCAGAAAAUACAAUCUGUCUCAAACAUUUAACAUUGGCCGGUUUGACAGUACUUGGACCGUGCUAGUACUUGACAACAAGUCACACGGCAAUGCUCUCCCUUGGAUAUCUUCGUAAGCACCGAGGUUUUGAGACGAUGCGAUUCUCCGGGAGUUCAAGUAGUGCGACCACUCAGCGGUGCCAGUCGAUCCUUCCAGACAAUGAUUCGCGCCCUGUACCCUUGAGCAGAAAUGUUGACCGCCAAAAUUCUCGCGUUCUCCAUGUCCUUGCCGACAUAUUGUGCGGUCCCGUGCCGAUAGCAGUUCGCGAUCAUGCUGGAAAUGGACAACACAGAUGAGGCAUAUCGACAUGGGAUUGCCACCUUGGUGACUUGUCCCUUUUGGUUGAUGCGAGGUAAUGUGUCGGAUGUUUGCACUAGUAAGAAGCAGCAUCAUCACGUAUAGCCAAGGUAUGCCUUCCAAGCCUAGCAGCUUUGCGACAGCCUGAGUCUUGUUGGGCACCGCUCGAAUAGACAACGAUCCCUACCUAACAUGUAACGUACCGGAGAAAAUUCCUCCGCUCUGGAUGUUCCAUAAAACCUUCCAAUCGAGAUAGAGAUGUCGACAACUGCUGCAUUCUCUCUCGUGUUCCAUUGUUGCUCCUAUGAUGCAUCAAUCCGGACAACUUGUUGUCGGAAAGGCUGGAACCGUCGAAAAGCACGUGCAUCAGCCAGGAGUACCCCUUGGAGGCAAACCCGCCGCGUCAGAGGGUCACAAAUGCAAUGAUGGGACGGCCCGAUGGUUCGCUUCUUGCCACUUGGAUCCAAUGUGGUAGGUGGAUCGCGGUGGAGCAUCGUGCUAUAGUUGCAUCUGCCCGAGAUGUUGGAUCCGAAAUAGGUUGGAUCCACGGUACCUUCCAGCCCAAAGAUUCGCUGUUCACCUGCACGAG